AUGCCAAUAUAUGCCAAGUUCAUGAAAUAUAUCAUCUCCAAAAAGCGUUCCACUAAUAUAGACCCGAUCAUCCUGACUGAAACAUGCAGUGCCAUUCUUCAAGGUAUGAAAAUCCCAGUGAAAAAGAAAUAUAUGGGAUCGGUCACUAUUCCAUGCACUAUUGGUGAAAGAAAAUUCAAGAAGGCUCUAAUUGACUUAGGAGAGAGUGUAAGCUUGAUGCCUCUAUCCAUCUACAAGAAAUUAGGCAUUGGCACCGUUCAAGAUACUCGGAUGACACUUCAGUUUACUGAUCGCUAUGUUAGGAGACCCUAUGGGAUUGUGGAAGACGUUCUUGUAAAAAUUGACAAGUUUGCUUUCCCAGUUGACUUCGUCAUUCUGGAAAUGCCCGAAGAUAAGGAGAUUCCUCUCAUAUUGGGCAGACCAUUCUUGGAGACAGGACGAUGUAUGAUAGACAUAGAGGAAGGAAUAAUGACCCUCAAAGUUUAUGAUGAAGAGUUGAAGAUAGAUGUACGGAACACAAUGCAGUACAAAGAUGAUAUUGGCACAAGCCACACUGUAGAGAUAAUAGAUCAGGUAAUUUCCCAAGAAAUUGAAAAGAAAAUGCCCCAUUCAUCGUUAGAACGUGUCUUGAGUCUAUCAAUUUUUGAAAGUGAUAAAGAUGAGGAUGAUUAUGAGGUGAUCAAUAUGAUGGAAAAACAACCUGAAUGGAUUAGAUCUAAACCACAUCAGUGGGAAGAUUUAAGACAACCACCACCAUUAGAUAUCACUGAAGAACCCAAAACAGGGGCAAAUCUGAAGCAGCUACCAGCAAAUCUGAAGUAUGUAUUUCUAGAUACUGAAAAAAAAUGCCCAGUUAUUAUCAAUGCCAGUCUACAAAGUGUCCAAGAAGCAGAACUCAUUCAAGUGCUAAAAAAUACAAUGGCGCAAUCGGAUGGGCAAUCGAGGAUUUGA